CGCCCCAAUCUCCCCUUGGUUGUUUGUUUUAAGUGAAGAGCGAUCCAUCGCAGAGCGCCGGGCUCGAUUGACACUGUCUGAUGAUCUGCUACUGCGGCUGGCUCAGAAUAACAAGGCUGUUCGCUAAUACCCGUCUAUCAGGGCUUUCGCCAAAACACCGAGCGAAUAGGAUCCAAAAAAGCCAACAAGGCAAGCAAGAACGCCGCGCCGCCGAAGUCCGCACCACAGGAUGGCUUCGGGAGACCUUUACGAGGUGGAGCGGAUCAUGGACAAGCGGCGCAACAAGAAGGGCAAGUGGGAGUACCUGAUCCGGUGGAAGGGUUACGGCAGCAAGGAGGACACCUGGGAGCCCGAGCACCACCUGCUGCACUGUGAGGAGUUCAUCGACGGAUUGCAUCUGCACACCCAACACAAACGACCCAAACCCCCCAAGCUGCCCCCCGGGACGGCUGGGGGACCAGGGAGGCCAGGAGGGCCACCAGGGGGAGUUGGACCACACCUCCUAUCCGCCCGUCCUCCCGCCCCAGACACCCCGAGAGCACGAGCAGAGGCACGUAAGAAGAAAAGGACUAGUGUUAGUCCCGGGGCCGGGGUUAAUCCUGGAGCAGGAGUAAGGGAGGGCAUGGGUUUGGGGGUUGGUACUGGAGCUUCUCAGAAGCAGAAGAAGGUGAGCGGAGGAGGAGGGGGGGGGAAGCAUGUCUCUCCACACAGGAUGACCAAAGCUAUGCCGUACAAGGCUCCUCCGGGGGGACUACAUUUUGUGCCCCCGGUAAGGGCCCCUCAUAACGGACUACAGAAUGGAGAGAUGGACCCUGUCCUGUACAGGGCAGCAGCCAGGACACACAGACUGAACCAUGACACGGUAGAGAGGGUGAUGGGGGGCGUGGAGACCCCCGGGACACCACUGGUCAACGAACUAGGUAAGUGA